GGCUUCUCGAGUUCUGGAUUCUUUUCAGAUCCUCUGUACAUAUUCACUUGAUCAGCCAAGUCGGGAAUCAUUCUUUAUCUCAUUACUUGUACCAUCUUUAUACAUUGAAACUCUAAGUAACGAAGAGUUCAUUUCUACUACAUGAACCAUGGAGUUAAAUACUACCACUGAAGUCUCUCAUAUAGACCAAAAAUUACCUAGACGGAUGCCUCCACGAUUGUCUACGCUUUUAACAAAUGAAUUCGAAGGAUGCGCAAGUCUUCCAAGAGAAGGGCGUCCCGACCGUCCCGUGAUAUUCCAUUUCAUGAGACAUGGACAAGCACAUUCCAAUGUCGGAGAUUUCGAGAAGCGUGCCCAGAUUUGUGAUCCUAAGCUCACAUUCGACGGAAUAAGACAGUGUGAACAAGUUAGAACUGUUCUGAACUCAAAUCGCAACAUUCGGCAGAUCUUUUGUUCUCCGAUGACCCGCGCUAUCGAAACCACCUUAAUUACGUUCAGAGAUGUAAUGAAAUUCUCGAUGGAAAAUUCAGACAUCCAAACCACGGCCUGGGAUGCACUUCGUGAAUGGGGCUCCAUCCCCUGUUGCACAGGCAGUCCAAUAGCCAAGCUACAAGAAGAGUUUGGCCACAAAAUGGACUUCAGUCUCAUCAAGCCUGGUUGGGAGCACAACAAAGAGAUUUUCGGCGAUAUAUCUCGGGCUGAUAAGGUCAAACAAUCGCUCUUCAAAAUCGCUAAGAACGUGCAAGAAUUGACUCGUCUUGGCGUGAUAUAUGAUAUCAGAGACGGUAGCUUCUCGAUACGUGGCCAAUAUUAUGCGCCAUACGAGAUUGUAAUUGUGUCACAUGGUGGAUUUUUGGAAACGAUGUUGGAAGCAGAAUUGGGUGGCAAAGCCUCUAAAUUUCCUUUUAGAAAUUGUUUCCACAAUGCGAACUUGAAGUCUUUCUCUUUCGAAACCAUCAAUGGUCCCGGCGGCGUUCGAUACGGAUUGGCCGAAACUAAAGAGAGCAAGAUGAGGAAAUAUUCUCGUAACCCGAUACCCCUAGGCUGAAGUGUGCUAUCGCAGGCUCAACGAAGGAUAUUAAUUGCACGUAUGAUUCGAAGAGUACUAUUAAUGAUACACAAGAGGCUUUAAAGAGGCUUUAAUAGCGAUAUCGAGAGUUUCAAGCACCUCAACGCUAUUGAAAUUAGCGGUGGAUAGAAGACUACAAUAGCCUGGUUAUUUUUUUUUUUUUAGCACAUGUAAACAAAAUAAUAUGAUCUAAAGCA